CUCAGUUUUCUUGAGAGCUUCGUCUUCGCUCUCACCAAAGCUUUGUUUUCACCACGCACCAUCCGCCAGAGUUUCUGACUGAUCAUUUCGCCUCUCUGCGCGUCGCCUCUCUGCACCCAACUGCUCACUGGCCUUCGCCUCUCUGCUUGCAUCAUCAUGGCUCCGAGAAAGCCAUCUGGCAGUAAACCAGGACGUAACAAGCGCAAGAGGCUUGCAGCCGAGAAGAAACAGAAUGCCGAUGCUAGCAUGUCUGCUGUGGUAAAACCCCGUUAUCCUCUACCACCCAAGCCGCCGCCUCCUGCAUGGCAACAAGCUACGUCCUCUGUGGUUGUUCCUUCGAUCCCGACAACGCAGUCCAAGUUUUCGUUCUCCUCAUCUAUCGGAGUGAAGCCGACAGCAAUUGGAAACACGAAGCCGACGUUCGACGACGCAGACCCGGUAGCCCGCAGCCCUGGCUCCGCUAGAGCUAUCUCUACACCCUCUGGCGAUGUCUCUGCCUCUGCCUCUGCUUCUGGUCUCGGAACGGAGCCGACGUUCGACGACGCAGACCCAAUGACCCGCAUCCCUAGCUCCGCUAGAGCUAUCCCUACAUCCACUGGAGCUGUCUCUGCCUCUGCCUAUGCCUCUGCAGGGGCUGCCUAUUCCUCUGCUGGAGCCGCUUAUGCCUCCGCUGGUGCUGCCUAUGCUUCUGCUGGAGCUUCCUAUGCCUCCGCCGGUGCUGCCUCUGCCUCUGACCUCGGACCGCCGGACGACGAGGACGACGACGACGACGACUCCGGUUCUGGCGAUCAAGACGACCACACAUCUGUUAAAGACAAAUAAGAAGAUGACGAAGAAGAUGAGGAUGAGUACUUAGAGUUCGACUACUCCGGCUCUGAGGACUUCGGAGAAUAUACACUGUCAUUUCCUGAUACCCACAACGACAUGCUCAGUGAAGACAACUCCAUCGAGGUGGAGAUGUUGACACCGUUAACGGCAGAGGAGCAGACAGCAGCCAACUUGAGACUACAAACCACCAUCACAAGAGCCAUGGGCGAUAUCACCAGU